AUGAGUAUAGCAGAUACGUUUAGGAACGGGACGGUUUUCGUUACCGGAAGUACGGGGUUUCUGGGGAAAAUACUCACGGAAAAAUUAUUAAGGUCUUGUGACGUGAAAUGCAUUGCGAUUCUCGUUAGAGGUAAAUGUGGAGUACCUGCCAGUCAACGAGCUGCGGAUAUUUUUAAACAAUCAAUCUUCGACCGCCUAAGAUUUGAAAACCCUGACUUUGUCACAAAGAUAAAAACAAUUGAUGGACAUAUAGAUAAACAAUCAUUAGGGAUUUCAACAGAUGAUUUUGAUUGGCUGAUAAAAAAUGUGAAUUUCGUAUUUCAUUGUGCUGCUACAGUCAAAUUUAAUGAAACUCUUGAUAUGGCAACAAAACUAAACAUCCAAGGGACAGAAAAUGUAUUAGCACUAGCGGCGAAAAUGAAUUAUCUUAAGGGUUUUGUUUAUGUAUCAACCGCUUAUUCUCACUGUCCCAGAAGUGAAAUUAAAGAAGAAUUCUAUCCCGUUUCAAUAUCAGUCAAAGAUUUAAAAAAAUUAAUUGAAAUCGAUGAAAAAACUAGCAACGUUUUGGAAGAUUGGCCUAAUACAUACACUUUCACUAAAGCGCUCACAGAAAAUAUGAUAUCAACAAAUGAAAACCAAUUGCCAAUUUCAGUGUUUCGUCCUUCAAUUAUAGGGUGCACACAAUCUGAACCAGAACCAGGUUGGAUGAAUAAUGUGCAAGGGUUAGUUUAUGUAGUUAAUUCAAUCAUGCUUGGAUUUUUAAGAGCAAUUGCAAUGUCAAUGGAUAAAAAAACCGAUAUUGUCCCAAUUGACUACACUGCCAAUGCACUAAUUACCGUAAUGUGGGAUACGGUAAACCGGUAUCAAGAUGGUAACGAAAAAAACAAGAAACCAAAAAUUUAUAAUUACGUGUCUAGUUUUGACAGCCCAGUACAUUGGCUGACGUUCUUUAACUAUGUUUAUGAAACUUACUAUCAGGCGCCUCCGUUGCAAUCAAUAUGGUAUAUAUUUUGUAUAUUUUCUGCCAAUAAUUGGUUCAUCAAUAUUAUGAGAUUUUUGUUACACCGUAUACCUGCUGCGUUUGUAGAUUUGUCGUUGAUUAUUUGUGGUAAAAAUACAAAAAUGUUGAAAAUUUAUAAAAAACAAGAUAAAAUGAUGGAUACGUUUGAAGUGUUUAUGACGAGGGAAUGGAAAUUUGACAACAGUAAUACUCGGAAAUUAUGGGCGUUAUUAAGUCAAGAGGAUCGUAAGAAAUUUUGGUUCGGUUUCGAAGACUUCGAUUGGAAAUCCUAUACACAAACUAUGGUUUACGGAAUUAGAAAAAAUAUUCUACAGGAAGACUUAAAUAACAUGACUAGAGCAUUAUCGAAAAACCGAAAGUUAUUCUGGUUGCAUCAAUUGUGCAUUUUUCUUAUUAUUUACAUUGUAUUUCAAGUAUGUUGGAUGUUUGUGCUGUAA